GAGAGCUAAACGAGUAGAGCCGGGUGGACGAGCUAGACGGGCAGCAGUCCGCGGAUGGCUGCGUGCCGACCUGUGUUCUGUCGCGUAGUCGUCUCUCAGACUCUCGGUUAUCGGGACUUGCUCGCUUAUCGCGGAGUGUUAUUACUCUUGCAAUAAAUUCGAAGCUAAAUAAUUCUACUGAUGUUUACAAAAAUGACUUGAUAAACCACGCUGAGUUGCCUCGGUCCGUGUUAACCGCGCUUCAAGAUGUACCUAAAGACUUUCGAUUAUUCUUUUCCCAAGACAAUGAGAUAAAUUUGUGCUGCGGCUUCUGCGAACGCUCACACCUUUGGUGUGAGCUAUAAAAUCAAGCACCAUGAACCAAUGUGGGUUUUGUUCAAUGCUAUCCAGUCUGCUGAGACGUGCAAUGUGCGUCGGCAGCAGACGAGGCAGCAGCGAAUCAUACUACCGGGAGCUAGGAGACCAGGACACGCUGCUUUCGGCUUUUCAGAAAAUCGAGGACAAGACGUCUGACCGCGACGAUGAAACGGAAGAUAUGAUAGCCGAAGUGGAGCCAGAGCCUGGGCCUCCGGACAUAGACAGCGAGAUAUGCGCCAUGGUUGCAAACCACAUCUGCGUCGGACGCUUCUUCACUAUACACAAGCGUCGCAAAAAACGGCUGCUGACUCGCUCUCUCAACCAGGAGACUGCUCUCCUCGACGACAUCCAGUUCGGGCAGGUGCAGUGCAUCCUGAACCAAUCAGUCCAGUGGCGCUUCAACGCCUUUACGCUAGAGACCGUGUCUGGAGGCCGCUGCCUACCAGUGCUGUGCGUACACCUGUUCCACGUGUACGGCCUGCUGUCUCACUUCAAGCUGGACGCCGUCAAGGCCUGGAAACUAUUCAGCCUCAUCGAGGAAGGCUACCACUCAACAAACCCCUAUCAUAACGCAAUACAUGCCGCCGAUGUCACCCAGGCGAUGCAUUGCUUCCUAUCGCAAGCUCGCAUCCGUGAACACAUGACACCACAAGAGAUCCUGGCAUCUCUACUGGCGGCCAUUGCGCAUGACAUGGACCAUCCGGGGGUCAACCAGCCUUUCCUGAUCGCUACGUCUAACCAUCUGGCUGCUCUAUAUAGGGUAAGAAGGACAUUUUUAAAACAGGGCUAUACUUAUUGGGAUAAGAUUUGUGCCAUGAUGUUUUGCUAGCGAAGCUUAAAUGCGAUUUUCCUUCAGGAUUUUCUUUUUCUUGCGGAGGAACAUUAACAGCAAGAGA